UGGUUUUGGAUAUCCUCGCUUUACCUCUUUUUGAACACCCGAGGUCGGGCGACACGUCUGGGAGAUUAGAAACCUGAGGCUGAAGUUCCUGACUUCCGGUUCUGCCCCCACCCCCCGGGCACUUUCGGAGAGCGUGGAAGAGAAGGCUGCGCGAGGGACAACGGCUUCUUCGACCUCCCCGUGGCCGCUGGUUCCGCCUUGCGCUGCAGUGUGACGGGAGUUCUUUCGUCUCUUCUGGCUGCCGAUUUAUUAAGUGAAAACUGAUGGCAAUGAGAGGAGGGGGAAGGUCUUUUCUCCUACCCACUUCCCAAGGGCCCCAAAGUCCUUGCAGAUUUACCUAGUUUCUAGACACCUCUACGUCGUGGAUGCUCAGCGGAGAAGGGUUCAAAUAUUGGGAGAGUGGGAAAUCUAGCAUUUUAAGGGAUUUGUGUAUAUUUCCAAAACUGACUUUGACCACCAUCAACGCCGGCAGUUUAGGAGUCGUGAGCGUCUCUCGCCGUCCUGUGGCUCCAAAAUGUUAUGUCGGUUAAGUCGGCUCUGCAGGAGUUUGUCCAGACCCACCGGAAGGGCCACCCCUGUGGUCCGGGGUUCUCUCUCUAGAAGUCUGGGUCUGAGUUCACAGAGGAGAAUUCCAGAAUUCAGUAGCUUUGUUGCCCGGACCAACACAUGUGGAGAGUUGCGUUCUUCUCAUUUAGGCCAAGAAGUCACUUUGUGUGGAUGGAUUCAGUACCGAAGGCAAAACAUUUUCCUGGUCCUAAGAGAUUUUCAUGGGCUUGUUCAAGUUAUCAUUCCCCAGGAGGAGUCAGCUGCUCCUGUGAAGAAGAUUUUAUGUGAAGCCCCCAUAGAGUCUGUGUUACAAGUGUCUGGGACAGUAAUUUCCCGACCUCCAGGACAAGAGAAUCCAAAAAUGCCUACAGGUGAGAUUGAAAUCAAAGUUAAAACAGCUGAACUUCUGAAUUCCUGCAAGAAGCUGCCCUUUGAAAUUAAGGACUUUGUGAAGAAAACAGAGGCUCUUCGUUUGCAGUAUCGCUACUUGGACUUGCGUAGUUUCCAAAUGCAGUAUUACUUGCGACUGAGGUCCCAGAUGGUCAUGAAAAUGCGGGAAUAUCUCUGUAAUCUACAUGGGUUUGUGGAUAUAGAAACACCAACAUUGUUUAAGAGGACUCCAGGGGGUGCAAAAGAGUUUGUAGUACCAUCCAGGGAACCUGGAAAGUUUUAUUGUCUCCCUCAGAGUCCCCAACAGUUUAAGCAGCUUCUGAUGGUUGGUGGUUUAGACAGGUAUUUUCAGGUUGCCCGAUGUUAUAGAGAUGAAGGUUCGAGACCAGACAGACAGCCCGAGUUUACUCAGAUUGACAUAGAGAUGUCUUUUGUAGACCAGACUGGGAUCCAGAGGCUGAUCGAGGGUUUGCUGCAGUAUUCCUGGCCCAGUGAUAAGGAUCCUGUGAUGGUUCCCUUCCCCUCUAUGACUUUUGCUGAGGCCUUGGCCAGCUAUGGAACUGAUAAACCCGAUACUCGCUUUGGGAUGAAGAUCAUAGAUUUCAGUGAUGUGUUCAGAAACACAGAGGUUGGAUUUCUCCAAGAUGCACUUAGUAAACCCCGAGGAUCUAUCAAAGCCUUAUGUAUCCCUGAAGGAGCAAAAUACUUAAAAAGGAAAGACAUUGAGUCCAUUAGAAAAUUUGCAGCUGACCAUUUUAAUCAGGAAAUCUAUCCCAUAUUCCUGAAAGCCAAUAGAAACUGGAAUUCUCCAGUUGCUCAAUUCAUAAUGAAGGAGCAAAGACUGGGACUAAUGAGACUGAUGGAGAUUCAGGAGGAAGAUGUGGUCCUGCUAACUGCUGGCGAGCACAGGAAAGCAUGCUCAUUGUUGGGAAAAGUCCGACUGGAAUGUGCUGACCUUCUAGAAGCAAGAGGAGUGGUACUCCGUGACCCAGCCCUGUUCUCUUUCCUUUGGGUGGUGGAUUUCCCACUUUUCCUUCCCAAGGAGGAAAAUCUCAGUGAGCUGGAGUCAGCACACCACCCAUUUACUGCUCCCCACCCCAGUGACAUCAACCUCCUAUACACUGAGCCUGAAAAGGUCCGUAGCCAACACUAUGACUUGGUUUUAAACGGCAGUGAGAUAGGAGGUGGUUCUAUCCGAAUUCAUGAUUCAGAACUACAGCGUUAUAUCCUGGCAACAUUACUAAAGGAAGAUGUGAAAUUGCUCUCCCAUCUGCUCCAGGCUUUAGAUUAUGGGGCGCCCCCUCAUGGAGGAAUUGCCUUAGGAUUAGACAGACUGAUAUGCCUUGUCACUGGCGCACCAAGCAUCAGAGAUGUCAUAGCCUUCCCCAAAUCCUUCCGGGGGCAUGAUCUCAUGAGCAACGCACCUGAUUCUAUCCCUCCUGAGGAACUGAAGCCCUAUCAUAUCCAGGUUUCCUGGUCAGCAGACUUAGCAGCAGAGAAGAGCUCCUUGAAUCAUCCACACUGUCCAGAAAGUUGAGUUUAUGGGUUUGUCCUCUGCCUUCCCAGGCUAACACCAGAUCUAGAGUUCAGCCACGGAUUUGGCAAUCACGUUUUUAGGGGGAGAGUCUAGGCAACAUUCUUCACAAUGAAGAAACAGAAGGUAUCCAGUUUUGACUUGAUAACAUACAUUAUUAGGAUUUUUUUUGUUCGGGACACUUGAAGAUUUUUACUUGGGGAGGUGUGCAAGACGGCUCCUUGUUGGAGUAAAAUAAUAGCAUAGUGUUUUCCACCCGAUAAUUUGUUCACUGAGGACAGAGGUAAUCAAAUCAUGUGUGAAAUGUGGGUAAAUGCUGGCCCCUUUAGAAUAGUCAGAUGACGGGGCCAGUUCAAUCAGCCUCAAGAGAAUCCUAUGAAUUGAAGCUGGAUAGUGAUGUUUCAGCUAUAAUAGAGAAGCAACAUAAUAUAAUGCAAAAAAAAUCACUUUGUCACAAAAUCUUGUUUCACCUUGAACAAGUUAUAUAAACCUUAGACUCCCUUCAUGCUUAUAUGAAACUUGAAUGUUUGCCCUUAUUACCUCACAGGUUUUUUGGUUUUUUUUGCCAAAAUCAGAUGUAGUAUAUGUGAAAGAUGUGAAUGAAAAUGCUAUAAAAACUAUGAAGCACUACCCAAAUUCAAAACAUUACCAAUCUAUAAAUAGAUAAACAUAUUUCAGCUUAAAUUGGUAUCUGCAAUAGAAUUUUAGUAUGCUUUAAAAUCCCUGAAUAAUUUUCAAUUAUCAGUAAUUCAAAAUACUAAGUAACUUCAAAUGUGUAAGUGAAUGAAUACUGUAAUUUUCUUAAUGCAUUGUUGACAUAAAGCUUACAUGUAAAAUGGGAAGAAAUCCUUGGUUAAUGAAAUUGUCUUUUCCUACUUUA